AUGGACCCCCAGCCCGAGGAUCCUCAGGGUCCGCAUGAUUACUCGCCCGAGGUUCGAGACAUGUUUGAUGCACUUGUCAAAGAUCAAUGCAACAAAGAUACCUCUCCUGCGAUCCCAAGUCCGAAUCCAAAUCUCAACCAUGAUAAUUCCAUGGGACAGGAACAAGUGGAUGGUGGCAACAAUCAUGCUGACUCUGAGAAGUAUGGUGUGCCUACUACGCAAGAUUCAGGCAUUAACUCUGAGUCUGGUGCCUCUGAUUAUCGAAAUCAGACGAGCGCCCAGUCCUUUCCCCAUCAACCAUGGUCAUUCUCUUCCGUCUCUACACCCAAUGAUACGCAGUCCCAAAAUCAGUCUCAAGAUAUUCUCAAUGAGGACGGCUCGAUGUUUGUUCCAGAUGAUUUCCAUUUCCAGCAGCCUAUACACGAGAACCAAUCUGCAUCUCGUGCAGGAGAGAACAAUCUAGAGUCAGAUUCUGCACCUCAUGACGAGAACACGGCCGCCAAGAGUCGCAACGCAGGCAAUAGUCCAAUGCAUGAUGAUCCGAUGAAUGACUUUAUGUCUUUCCAACAAUUCGCCAACCAUGAGCCGGACGCCCAACAUGGCAACACCAACGGCAGCCAGGCAGAUUCAGGCCCACAGCCCUCAAUGACUGACGAUGUGCCGGUCGAGCAUCAAUACACUCCUCAGCAAGUGCGGUUGCUGGAGGCUGAGUAUCAGAAUGUCUUGAGAGAUGUCGCUGCCCUCGAGGCACGACUAACAACUCUGGCACAGAUAGGCACAGCUUACGCAGACUAUGAAAUGGCCGCUAUUUACCGAGAAAUGGAGGAACUCAAAGACAGACAAGAGAGUCUGAUGCACACGUUCGACUGCUUGCACUUACCUAUUCCCACGGGUAUUACCGGCCAGUCUGCUGAGUUCACAGGCAUUCGAAAAGGGAAGAUAGCUAAGUCGACCGAGGAUUAUUGGGAGCAGCGCAAUAAGAACCGUGUCAGAGACCUGGCCAACAAGCGCAGGAUUUUGGAGCAGCCAACACUCACAGAUGGAAAACGCACCAACAAGAAACCCAGAACGCGCCCGCGCAUCUAUGACCGGAUGCAGGACGGUUCAGACUUGGCCAAACAAGGUGCAAUGCAUUCAAUGGGGAAACUCCAGUUUGAUAAUCCAACGCAAGCUCGCAUGUCGCGAGAUUCCGUUCUGGAUGGUCUUCAGGCCUCGGCCGACAACGACAAUGAGGAUGCACACCAGACUCUGCUUGAUAUCAUGCACCCAGAAGUCUUCAACCCUGACCAACUUACGCUUCUGAGAUGCGCUGCUUCCUUUGGUGAAGGACACUGUGUCAAGCUAGCCGACGGAAAUUAUCUCAUCACGGGCAGCGCGGAGCCUGCUCGACCGCACCAGAUGUGCGGAGCCAGUUGGCAGAACGAGAAGGAGUAUAGCGAAGACAAGGGAGGAAUCAUCGCAAAUGAACAGGGAACAGGAAAGACAUACCAAGCUAUUCUCAACAUUCUCACCAACCCUCCCAACCAGAGGGCCAAAGACCAAGGCCGUACAGCAACCCUGAUCAUUGUCCCCUCCAACGUCCUACAACAAUGGCAGGAGGAACUUGAACGAUUCACCAAAAAGGAAUACGUUCGAAGUUUCAUGGUAUACCGCGGAGUGAAUGCAGAGAGAGGUGGAAGCAGAAAUCUGGAAACCCAGGAUAUCAUCUUCGUGAGCCACGACCAGCUGCGUAGGUCUUACUUCUCGAAUGCGAUCCUGAAACAAUAUGAAAACCCUUUAUGUGACCCAGGAACGAAGGAGCAGCUUCGUUUUGAGCAUCUUGGUUUUCUAUUCCACAAUAAGUGGUGGAGAGUCAUCAUUGACGAGGCUCAUGCAAUCAAGGAAGUUACAACAAAGUUGUUCAAAGCAUGUCGCGAGCUUGAUUCAGAGUACCGAUGGUGUCUGACCGGUACACCGAUGCCAAAUUACUCAUCAGAGCUCUGGGCAUACUUGGAAUUCAUCCGUGUGCCUUGGCGCGGAACUGCCAAGGACUUUACCAAAUUGCUCGACAAUCUUCACAUGGCCAAGAACAAGAAGAAGUUUAAAGCCUGGAUGGAAACAAUCAUGCAGCGCAAAACCCUUGGUCGACAAUUUGCAGGUCGACAGCUCUACGAGAUUCCCGAAUGCUUUGAUGAAGUGAUCGCGGUGCCCUUCUCCAAGGAAGAGGAGAUUGUGUACAGACGUGUGGAGCAUCGCCUGCGAACGAAAUGGAACCAGUCGAUCAAGGAAAUUGCCAAGGCCAACGCCGCAGGCAAUGCAUCAUCCAGCGGAUCCUCCAAUGGCAGAGGUAAGAAAGGCGGUAAAUCCGGAGGAUCCUCAUCAAAGGGGCAAAAAGACGAAAAGGAUCAAAAGGGUCUCAAGCUGCACCUCAUAGCUUUGAAUCGGCUGCGGGCAGCAACAAUGCACCCGUUCCUGUUUGAGCCGGCGCUCAGAGAUACCUGCCAUGAGGAGGACUUCGACCACAUGAUAUCGACGCUUUCAAGUCUUGAGCUCUAUACGCCUGUGGUCGAGCAGCUCAAAGUCCACUACGAUCGUCUCAGACUGAUUGGUCAUGCUACCGACAUUGGGGAAAUGAGUGAACUUCCGUCAUUCGGUCUCAGUGAUUAUGGCGGCAUCCUCCAUCUUGAAUCGUACAUCAAACGUUCAAGAGCAGCCAGGUUCGAGGACCGUUGCGUCGUAUGCCUCGAAGAUCUUGUGGACGGACAGCGCCCGAAGUGCGGCCAUGUCUCUUGCCGAGGUUGCAUAAAUGAUCAAUUCCUUAAGGCCGCAACGGUGGGCGAUGGUGUGCCAAAGUGCAUGGUAUGUCGCCAGGCCAUUGAGGAUGUUCGAACCAUGGGAGAUCCAACCGAGGCGACCUUUCAGGACAAUGCUGCACUCGGAGAGGCGCGUGCUUUUCAAGAGUUCCUUGCUGCCAGAAUGAGAGCCAAUGCCAAUCGCGAUGCUGCUCCCGCCGAUCCUCAAGGCAGAGAUGGACGGAGAUUGGGUGACGACUAUUACGGAAGACAGCCACAGCCAGCAGAAGCAAACACGGCCUGGCUUGCCGUGGCCGAUUUGGACUACCCACUGCCCUUGGUUCCAUCGGCAAAGACUACCAUGAUCAAGCAGCUAGUGUUGAACUGCAGAAAGAACCAUCCCGAGGACAAGAUCAUCAUUUUCAGCCAGUUCCAGGAGACCCACCAGAUCAUCGGACGUAUGCUCCAGGAUGAAGGCAUAUGUUUUGCAUACUUUUGGGGAUCUCUCAGCAGAGACCAGAAGGACACCGUCAUCAGGGAUUUCCACGAGAAUCCCGAAAUGACAGUCUUGGUUGCAUCCUUGAAGUGUGGUGGAGUUGGCCUCAACAUUACCUGUGCCAACAGAGUCAUCAUUACAGAGCCGUGGUGGAACGCAGCCAUUGAGCUCCAGGCAUUCGCAAGAGUCUUCCGCAUGGGCCAGUUGAAGAAGACUCAUUUUACCACUCUGCUUGUGAAGAACUCGAUCGACAUGAGACUGCGAAGUCUUCAGGUCCACAAGCUCAACAACAUUGAGUCGGCACUCAAAUACACCACUCCAUCCCGCGAAGAAAUCGCCUCUCUUCUGGGACGCGUAGUCGAGGACGAUGCCGGCAACCCGUAUGUCGAAGAGGACUACCUGGAGUGA